UUGACCAUGGACUCUUCAAAACUUUUCCAAGGCCUGGAUGCCUUGCCCAUCGACCAACAGCGUAUCCUCUCUCGAUUUGGUCGGGGGCCGAGGGUGCUGGUUCCACACUCUACAGUACACCAAGCGUUCGAAAGCGCUGUAGAUACUGAACCUUCAGCAAUUGCUGCCACUUUUGGGGCAAAGUCAAUUACCUAUGGCGAGCUUGAUACUGCCGCAAAUCGACUCUCAAAUCACCUGAUUGACUCAGGAUUGCAGCCGAGACAGCGGGUCUGUGUCGUCGUGCAAAGAUCAAUCGAGAUGCUGGUGGGUAUCUUCGCCGUUCUGAAGGCGGGAUGCCAGUACGUCCCCGUGGACGGCGGUGUUGCCUCGGACGAGGCAAUUCGUCACAUCAUGACAGACACUGGAUGUCAAUUUGUCUUGUGCUUGCCAAAGUUUGAAGAGAAGGUUAAGCGGCUGGCCGUUUCUGAGGUAGUGGUUGUACCGCUAGGAACCAAUGUUGAUGUUCUUGCAUCAAAGUCCAGGCCGCAAGUCAGUGUCACGGCGGCAGAUGGCAUAUACGCCAUCUACACUUCAGGCAGCACAGGAAAACCAAAAGGGGUUGAUGUUUCACACGGCAAUGUCACCAACGCGUUGCUCCUCCGACCCGCCAAUCUCGGUAUUUACUUCGGCACCAAAGUUGGUCAAUUCUUGAACGUGGCUUUCGACAUGGGCGCAUGGGAGAUACUCGCUUGUCUCAUGAACGGAGGCACGCUUUGCAUCCGAGGCUCAGAUUGGACCGAAACAUUGGCGAAAGUCGACGUCUUCAUUGCCACUCCUUCAAUUCUUGCCAAAUUCCGUCGCAAUGACUUUCCCAACAUCAAGACCGUCGUCACUGGCGGAGAACCUUGCCCUCAAAGUCUCGCCGACGAGUGGGCAAACAAUACCCUCUACUAUAAUAUUUGCGGUCCCACAGAAAUUACGAUUCUCAACUCGGCACACCAGCAUGUCCCAGGACAGACUCUGUCAAUAGGAAAGCCUCUUCCCAACACAACCGUUUACAUCUUGGAUGAAAACGAGAACCCUGUGCCCAUGGGCGAGCAAGGUUCCAUGUGGGUCGGCGGAUCUGGGGUUACGCGGGGUUAUAUCAAUCUGCCAGAACUUACGGCGAAGCGGUAUAAACUUGAUAAGUUCGCAAAUGAUGGUUCGUUGAUGUUCAACACCGGCGACAUUGUUCGAUGGCAAGAGGGCGGCUCGCUUGAUACCCUUGGACGACAAGAUGAUCAGGUCAAGAUCAAGGGUUUCCGAGUCGAACUUGACGGAAUUUCGGCCAUCAUUGAGAAAUUCCCGGGUAUCAGCAGAGGGUGCGCAACUCUCAUCGACAACAAACUCCACGGUUUCUACAUCUCCGAGAUCUUCAUUGACCAAAUCGACCUGGAUUCGUUUGUCAAGAAGCACUUGCCUUACUACUCUGUUCCCGAAGUUUGGGUUUACGUUUCAGCUAUACCCCUCACGCCUAACGGCAAAACAGACAAGGCCGAACUGAAAAGACUUGCUCUCCGUGCAUCGAAAGCGACCUCGCCGCCCCCAUCGCCAAGAAGGCCUACUUCUUCCUUCAGCUCCAAGGAACUUUACCGCCCAGCCACCAUCGCCAGCACACUGGUGGCCAGCGAGAAGGGAGACAAAGAUUUGGAGAAAUGCAUUACCUCCUCCGAAACGGUCGUCUCCAGCAACCUGUCAAAUUUCAAUGUGUCUUCCUCGGAUAUCGGCGAGACUGCACUACCAGAUACGUUGCCAGGCAAGAACGGAUCGCGCCCUGGGAGGUGGCUUCGACACAAGGCCUUCAUCUUGUACCGGAAAUUUUUCUCCGUCAUCCUUCUUGUCAAUGUGGCCGUCGCUUGCUACAUUCUCUGGCGACGAUACGAAAAGAACCGUUACAUCGUCGCCGACAUCGCCACCGCCACAGCUGCCAACCUCUGCGUCGCAGUACUCGUGCGUUCUGAACCAGUCGUCAACGUCCUUUUCACUGUAUGCUGUUCGCUACCAACAUCAUGGCCUUUAGCAAUCAGACGGCACUGCGCGAGAGUGUUCCAUAUAGGUGGAAUCCACAGCGGAUGCGCAAUUGCGUCAGUCAUGUGGUUCACCGUCUUCACAGUGGCCGCAAGUCUCGAAAUGAUCAAGCCCCCAGAAGCCCGAUGCGUGUCACUCACAGGAGCCAUACUAACCUACCUCAUCUGGCCCAUCCUCGUUUCCAUCGCCGGUCUCUCACACCCAACCAUCCGCCUCAAACACCACGACCUAUGGGAAAUGACCCACCGCUUCGGCGGCUGGACAGCUCUCAUCCUUCUCUGGGCACAGGCCUUCAUUGUGGGCAGGGACCUCGCAUUCGACACCCCCGUAACAAAAGCAUGGCUCCAAUCCCCACCCAUCUGGCUCCUAAGCGCCGCAACGGCCGCCAUCAUCUUCCCAUGGCUGCACCUCCGCAAGGUCCCCGUCCGUUCCGAAGUCCUCUCAUCCCACGCCGUGCGUCUCUGGUUCGAUUACACCACCCCCGUCGUAGGCACUUCAGUGCGACUUGCGGAGCGCCCCCUCCGCGACUGGCACGGCUUCGCCACCAUCACGAACCCAGACGGCAAAGGCUUUUCCCUGGUGGUCAGCAACGCCGGAGACUUCACCAAACGCCAGAUCAACCGCGCCCCCUCGCACAUCUACGUCCGCGGCAUCCCCGCCUGCGGCGUGCUCCGCAUCGCGACCCUCUUCAAGUCCGUCGUCCUCGUCGCAACGGGCUCGGGUAUCGGACCCUGUCUCGCCGUCAUCCUCGCGAAGAAGACUCCCUGUCGUAUUCUAUGGACGGCACCUAACCCUGAGCAGACUUUUGGCAAAGAGCUCGUGGAUAGCGUGUUGAAUACCGAUCCUAAGGCUGUCAUUCACAAUACCCGCACUCAGGGGAAACCGGAUAUGCCGCUCAUGGCGUAUAAGCUGUGGAAGGAGUCUGGCGCAGAGGCCGUGUGCGUUAUCAGCAAUAAGAGGUUCACGCAGCAGGUUGUGUAUGCCAUGGAGACGCGGGGGAUUCCUGCAUACGGGGCUAUCUUUGACUCGUAG